UCUGAUUGGUGUUUGGCCCCGAGAAGAGUUUCAUGUGUCAUGUUCAGUGUUUUAAGUUCGUGUCUUUAUGUAGUCUUUUACGAUGCUGAGGAUUAGUCAAAUUGUGCGGUCGAUAAAGAAGAAUUUUAUAUAUUCGGAGAAAUAAUUUAUGGAUUGAAAGUGUCUGUGCGAUGAGUUUCGAUUUGUAUUGCCGAAGAUGUGCGACACCGUGCAGUCGAUGAAGAGAAAUUUUGUGUAGCCGAAGCAGAAAGAGGACACAUUCGGAGAAGCUUACGGAUCGAUAGUGACUUUAUAUUUGUGUCUAUGUUCUCGUGGUGAUCGUUUUCGACUGUAUUUUGUAAUGUAAGUCGCGGAUAGAAGCGGUGACAGAUACACGCGGCAGAGAAUGACAAUUUACCAGACGAGUAGCGGUUUCUUCUAUCUAUUUGAUGUCACGGUUGAAUCAGUUUUGCAACGACGGCUGCGUUAAAAUCAGUCUCUGGCUUCUUGCCACGUGAAAUUUGAUUCACUCCGAGAUUAUAUCGCUGUGGCAGGAAUGCACUUGACUUUGCUACCACGAGAAUUAUGACUACGUGAGAAAAGGAAGACCCGUGCUAGCUAGCUCACUAUGGAACAGUAGCGUUAAAAGAAUUCGAAGUUGGAAUUUAGUGGUUUCGCAAGGAAAGUUUGCUGCGGUUCGAUGAGUUUUUGGAAAGUGUCGAUGUUGUAUUGUGCACAGUGGUAUUUCUCGUGACCGUAACAGCAAUUUCUAUAGGAUGGCUAGUGAAGUGAUGUUGGCACCCGCCGCGACGCCUGGAACGUCCAGACGAGAAAUAGACGACGUUAGAGAUAUGGUUAGAAAUGCGACCGUCACUACUGUUUACGCCAAACAACGUGCCUCCGUAAAAUGGCUCUUGUCGAAGGCGUACAAUAACCGAGUGCCAGAAAACCUUCGUGAGCCGUAUUAUGUCGAUAAUGAGAAUCAAGAACACCUGAAGCCGCAGAUCGUCCACGCACUUUCUAAUGCAGAACUUUACUGUUUGGCGUUGGCAAACAUCUAUUCGGAUCCAAAUUAUCACAAUCAGAAUCAUUGCGGUAUUCUUCAAGCCCUUGCCAGAAAAGGUGUUUACCUCGCGGAGCCAAACAAUACUCAACUCACUGAAACGAUCCUCAUUCAAAAUUCACCACUCAAGAUGUCUGCGCAUAUGGCUGUGAUAGAGGGCCUGAUGGUCUUAUACGCGAAGGAAGUAGUGACUGGAGAUCGGGUGGUCUCGGCGAUCCGGCGAUUCGAUCCUCAGGCGGAAGUGGACGUACCAGCGGACCACGAGAAGGGUCUUCUUCUGUGGAUCAGUCACGCGUCACACGCGUUGAUCGCCAAAAUCCAGACAGAGGAGGAUGCUGCUGAUAAAACGCGGCUACCAGAACUGCCAGCUGCCAAGGACUUCCAAUCGUUGUGCGAUGGUGUGGGUCUUGCCGCUGUUGUGGCGUUCUACUGCCCCGGCGAGCUCAAUUGGAUGGACAUCAGGGUGUCGAAAAGACCCUCGGUCGCAGACGCGCUGCACAAUUUGUCGCUGGUCCACGCAUUUUGUAACAGAUGCUUACCCUAUUCCAUUUUUCACAUGCAACCUGAGGACGUGACGUACAUGAGAGGAUCUAUGAAGCAAAAUUUAGUCGUUUUCCUGGCCGAUAUGUACAACGUAUUGGAAAUUCAUCCGGUGAAGUGUGUACGUUACCCAGGCGAGGAAAGGGCAAUGCAGUUCUUAGAUGCCUGCCCGCGCAAUAGUCAUGGCGUAGCUCAUAAAAGAAGUCUGCCACAGUCUAUAGCUCCGAUACCUGAUCUGAGAAGCAACCUCUCCGUAUCCGCGCCAGGCUUCACAGUUGCAAAAGCACCGUCAUCUUCUUCCGUCAAGAAAUCACAAUCACUGCAACAAACUGCCGAAAAUUAUUCUCACGACGACAGACGAGCAGGAAGCGAAGAAAGUUUCGUAGUCCAUCGUGGCAAAGGUAUCCCUACGUUAAGCUCUGUGGCAGAUGAAAAAUCUACAACUAGAGCGGACGCCGCUGGUCGGCCGAGCAACUGGGAAGAACAGAGAAGAAGCUCGUAUGCUGGCCGACGAUCUAGGCGUAAUAGCGUUUCGGACGAUUCUCAGUUGACUAUCGAGAACUUUGGUGGAUCUCAAGAUAAUUUACACAACUUCGGCAGAAAUCCGGAUAAAGAAGUUGGAGCACAUAUUGGUAAACGAAGCACCACAGAACCAACGCUACCGGCGAGAUCUAGCGUUCAGGAUGUGUAUGGCAGCGGAGUGCAACACAUUUUGUCCGAUAACGGAUACGAUAAGGAAGGGCCGCCAAGAUUGAGACGACAAACCUCGAAUUCCAGCUUAGACAACGUCACGCUCAAACAAGUUUUACAUUCCAGUGAGAACGUUAAUUCGGAUGGGGAUACAUCCAAGUUAGCUAGCUUUGCAAACCUAAGCAGGCAAAGUUCUGAGAAAGGGAUCAACCUGACCUAUACGGAACAAGAACGUGACGACAGUAAAUCGAAUUUGUCAAAUAAGAAACUUGGCCAAAGCAAUGGAAACAGGAAUGGCGAGAAGAAAACAACGUUUGCUACGUUACCGAAUACAACAACAUGGCAGCAACAAAGUAAUCAGCAGUCUCAACAGGUGGAACAACAUUCUGUCGACGAAAAUGGAGGUAACACAAUUAUGGCUUCCCAACUGAAUAAUAUUAGAUUAAAGCUGGAGGAGAAACGUCGUCAUAUAGAAAACGAGAAGAGGAGGAUGGAAGUUGUGAUGUCGAAACAGCGGCAGAAAGUGGGCAAAGCCGCGUUCCUACAAGCUGUCACGAAGGGUAAGGUUAAAUCUCCCUCUUCAUCAACGUCUGGGGGGGACAGUCCGGCUGAAAUUGGUCCCCCCACUCCUGUAACCUCCGGAUCUUCGGGGGAUACCCCGACAAGUGUUUCCGAGACGACCCCUGUAACCCAACAACCCUCUCAAGAAAAACCACAGAGACCCUUCUCGCUCAAGGAAAUUAGUGAAGAUGUUCGGGAUGUUGAACACAAGUGGUUGGAGCAUGAUGGUAAUGCACCAUUUAUUGAAACAAGACGCACUCCAGACAUUGAGAAUAUGGAUCUUGAACAAUAUCAUCAGUCUAUAUCACAAAUGAAUACAAGUCUUAGUGAAAUACAAGCUGAUAUACAACGUUUAGCUAAUCAGCAAAAUCAAAUACAGCAGCAGCAUCUAAUGACACAACAUCAACAACAAAUGCAACAACAACUUCAGCAGUUACAAAGUCUUAGUCAACAACAUAUGCAAAAUUUUGGAAUGGCACCUAUGAAUCCAUUGACAUCAAAAUUACAAGAUACUCAACAAUCACAGUUUUAUUUACAUGAUCAACCCCAACUGCAAAGACGAAUGUGGGGUCAGCCACCUCCAACACAAAGCUUAGCGAAUGAAAUGGCUGCUGUGAGCUAUCAACAAUCAAUAGAUCCACGAUAUAGUACUCAAUCAACACCUUAUCAACAAGAUAUGCGUUUAUAUCAAGAGACACGGAAUUGGGGAACACAUCCACCUCAACAGAAAGGAUUUGUUUUACAUGAUACUCCACAGGAACCGAGAUAUCUCAAUGGCGGAGAUCAUAGUCUUUGUAAUAAUCAAAUGAGUCAUCCUGGUUCUACAUAUCCAUCAUCUACAUCUAUCUUUAAUCAAACACCACCAUCUUCUGCUAGUCCACAACAUCGUAAUGCUGUUCAUCGAAUAAGUCAGUUAAUGAGUGAAAGUCCCGAACCAAAAAGGCCAACUGUACAUCAUAUACCAAUUAAGUGUGAAAGCCCUACCGAAAAAAGACAAAUUACUGCAUUGCAUGCACCUGUUCCAGCACCACCUGUUGAUGACAUGAAGCCUCAGAAUAUAUCAUUUAUUGGAAAUGAUGAUGAGCUUACUCAAGGUAUAAGAGGUUUAAACAUCACGUCCGGCAGCCGUACAUAUAGAAUUCCAUCACCAACUAGACCUUCAAUUUCACGUAAUUCAUUUCAACCCCAUCCAUCACUAAGAGAAGCCACACCAUCUCCAUCAGGUACACCAGAGGUAACACCUCUAGAUCCAAUGGAUGCUGGUGAAAAAGGAUUCUAUAUUUGUUUUGAUAAUGACGCACCAAAGAAACCAAAACCAACUCUAAGAGUAAAAAGAACAUCUCCCAAAAAGGAAAGAGGCGCGUCAUCGUAUAUUGAAAAUGAAGAUUUUACGAUGCGCCCUGACUCUCCUGCUACCAUUAUGGAUAGACAAAAACAGCUAGAAAUUCAACGAGAGUCUGAUCGAGAAAAACAGCGUCAAAUAGAUGAGAGAGACUUCCAACGGCAGGAAAUUAGAAAUAAAGAAGUACAAAGAGAAGGAGCAAGAGAAAAACAACGACACGAGAUAAGUGGAGAAGGCCGACAAUCUGGAGUUGGUUUAAUAAUUGGAAAUCAAUUAGCAAAUCCUGAUCCAAAUUCUCUUGAUGAAAUGGAACGAAAGAAAGAACGUAUAAUGCUUUUAUCGCUGCAAAGAAGACAGCAACAAGAAGAGAUGAAAGAAAGAAAAGAGGCAGAGGCACAAGCUCGUCGAGAACAAGAAAAAUUAAAAGCAGAAGAAAGAGCUCGUAAAAAAGAAGAGGAAAGGCAACGAAGAGCAGCUAUUUUAGAACAACAUAAAGUAAAGAAAGCGAUAGAAGAGGCAGAAAGAGAAGGUAAGGUUAUCGAUAAAGAACUUCUCAAUGCAAUAAAACCAACAAAAUUGCGUAACAAGACUGCAACUCGACCACGACCCAAAACAAUUCACGUGGAUGCUGGUACGGAGCUGGAUUCUGGAGCUCUUACGCCAAGUCGCGGGAAGAAGGGUUCUUCUUCUAAUCUAAGUACAGCGUCGCUGACUUCCCCGACGAUGAGGCGAGACUACUACCGAGGCUCGCAGGACAGUCUUACUGCUGCUCAUUUUGAUGAACGACGUUCCGGCCCUCUUUAUCGGGGCGGCAGUCUCAGGGUAUCUUCCGUAGAUUCACCUGAUGACGGUAGAGGUUCCUCCCCUUGUCGAAGUAUGAAUCAACUUGGUCGGCGUGGUUCCUACAAAACAUCUAGAGAUGUGCAGGAGCCUCAGCAACAGGUUAGAGGCAGGCCUAAAUACCCGAGUUACCAAAACUUUAAGGGGAGAAAGUCUAAUUCCUUGAUGAAUUUGUGUGGUUCGAGUAGUGAUCAAGACGGUAUGAUGUGUCGAUACACAGAUACGGACAGCGGGCUGGGCAGAGCUACACCUCCAAGGAGGGCACCAAGUCCGGGUAUGGGAAGCAUGAGGCAUCUUCCGUCGCCGUCUGGGCCUGGUUCCUUACCUCCCGGUUUGAUGACCAAGAGACGAGUGUUCGAUGAUGGCAGCAGCGAUAUCAGUAGUACACCAAGUUCAAUGAUGGAUUAUAAUGGUCCAAGAUUGUAUAAACAACCAACUACGAAGUCAAAUCGUGGUAUUAUGCUAAAUGCUGUAGAAUAUUGUGUAUUUCCUGGUACGGUAAAUAAAGAAGCGAAGAGAAGAGUUCUGGAUGAAAUUGCAAGAUCGGAAAGCAAACAUUUUCUUAUUUUAUUUCGAGAUGCUGGUUGCCAAUUUCGAGCUCUUUACUCAUAUUGCCCAGAUAGAGAAGAAGUUUCAAAGUUAUAUGGUACUGGACCGAAACAAGUCAUUGAUAAAAUGUUCGACAAAUUUUUCAAAUACAAUUCAGGAGCAAAAUGCUUUUCUCAAGUACACACAAAGCAUCUGACUGUGACCAUAGAUGCCUUUACGAUACACAACAGCCUUUGGCAAGGUAAAAAGGUGAAUUUACCGAACAAGAAAGACAUGCCUCUCGUCAUAUAGUUUUACACAAGUGUCACAUUUUAUGCUACUAUACCCUCUGUUGUUCAUAGUUACUAUUUUAAUACAGGCCCAUAUUAAAUUAAUGCAAACGUUGCGUUUUUAGUCAAUUUUAUAAAAACAAGUGAUUGAUGCUGACUCAUAGAUACGGAUGUGCAAUCAUUUUCAACGUUUUUUACGAUUGCAUAUCACCAUUGAACGGCGUAAUGUUACCACGUAUGUUUCCUUUUUUCUUUUUUGUAAUUUGUUGUAUCUCUUCUUUUUGUAUUUUUCUUCCGUUUUGUUUUGUUUUUAAGAUAAUGUUGGCAUCAAUUACUAUGUUGUAAGUUUAUCAAUAUCUAAUUAAUAGGAAUGGUUUGUUGUCAAUAUCUAAUAUCUUUGCGGACUAAUUUUCGACGUGUAACGCCUUGUAAUCAUAUAAGCUGCUAUGUUGUAAAUGAAAGUCAUGACUGAUUGUAAAAGGUAAAUUAAUUUUUCUUAUAAAAUCAUUUCUUUUUUUGCUAAGAGAGAGGCAGGGCUUUCAUAAAUAUCACAAAAAUGAACGUUUCAUCUUUAUAUUUCAUAAAGUAAUUCGCACAUAUUUCCCCGUUACGCGUAAAUUAAAACUACUCUUAUUAUUAUUAUAAUUAUUAUUAUAUUAUUAUUAUUGUAGUAUCAUUAACUUCUAUGGAUUAUUAAAUGCGAAUAGAGGAUCAUUAAUUUGAAUAUGUUUUUUUUACAGAAUCUAUAAAAUGAUUCGUAUUCUCUAGUGUGAUUUUUGUAUUUGAUUAAUUUCUAUUGAACAAAACCAAAAGAAAAUAUUAAAGAAAAGAAUCACAAAAUGCUUUUGUUUUGCGUGAGAAUUUCAUUUAUAGAAUAGUCGAUAUUUUUAUGAAGUGAUUUUGAAGUUCAGCAUUGUUUCGUAUGAUCCGUUAUAAUUGUCUUAAAAUUCUUUUGUUCAUCGUGUACAUCAUUGUCAAAAGCGAAUUGAUGAUUCUUCGUUGACCAUGAGAUUUUGCAGCUGUUGACGGUUGCAGCAGCGUACGUAGAUAAUGUAAUUCGUUCGUUGAAAAGUGUUGAAAAAAAAACCAGCUCACGGACAAACGAAAAAAGUAAAAAAUAAUAAUAAUGUGGAUUUGUAAAUAUAUAAGUUGGUUCUGAUUAGUGAAAGAAAAUACCAAAUCAGCCUUAAGAUCGAUCUGGAUGUAAUUGAUGUUGUGCGAGGAUGUUUUUCCUUUACAGUGUAGGUACCAUCGAAUAUAAUUUAUAUAAUGCCUCGUUGAUUUGAAUAUCUUGAAGCGAGUCUUGUGAAGUGUGUAUCGGUAUAAGAUUAGAAACUUUUAAGAAUUUGAGAAGGGAGAGAGAAUGAGACCGUACCAAACAGUACCAAAAGUAAAAGUUUGUUUCCUGAGUGAACAGUAUGAUUUUGGUAACUGAUAUGAAGUGUCUGGACAUUAAAAAUGACCACGAAUUGGUAAAAUUUUUGAUUGAAUUGCUAUUUUUCUUUCCUGCGCGCAAUACAUACUUAUUCUAAUAUAUCGAACAAUUUAAAAUCUUGUAAUUAUUUCGAACAUUGUAAGAGGAAAGCAGAAAAUGAUUUGGAACGUGGAAGUACUAAAACAACAAAAGUUCUGUGUUUGAAGUUGCUUUUACUUUAGUUGAAUAACUUAUUUGAAUGUAUUCUAGGCCUAAUUCAUUCUAAUCCAAUAGUCUAUAGUCUGCAUUCCUCGUAACCAAGA